UGCAUUCUGUGGCUGAACCAAAGACCUUAAAGAUGCUCUUUAAGGUCUUUGGGCUGAACGGUUGCUCAUGAGUCAUGACUGACAGAUGUUUCGUCUGCUGCUUAAUAUAUUUGUAAACAAAACUAGGACCUAACCUAUUUAAUUGUAUAAUCAAUUAAAAUGGAAAACCAACAAGUAAUUGGAGUUGUUUUGAAUUCUUUGUAAGAUAUUUUAAAUGUUAUUGAAUUUAUGUAAUCAUGCAUUUCUCUUCUCCCAAAUAAAUAAUAAUGGAGUCCAUUAUUUGUAAACACCUUGUAUUCAGCCAUGUCUGUUUACGUUCAGCUACUCUACGUUCUUUUCCAUCGGUUAGAAAAGUAUGAUGAGCUGAUCAGUGAACGAACCGUAUAUAACGUUUUUUUUUUCUUAUGAGUUAGACCAAAGACCAUGAAGAGGUAUAAACCCACAAUGUCUAUGCCUUCCCAAUGCUAGCUCUUACUUGAAAUUAAAGGCUACCAUUGAGGUAUUUUAGCGCGAGAAAUUGUAUAAUAUUUAUAUUUUAUUUCAAUAUUAUAGAUUACAAAAUUCUUCAAGAUCUUUAGUAUGUAAUAAUCUUUCAGGUUGUCCCCUCAAUGGCUGAAUUCAAUUACAAGUAUACAAGCGCUGCAUGUGCAUCGUUCAACGACCAAACAGUUCUUCGUUCAGAGCCACUUUCACUCACCGGUCUCAUCGUUCACUCACCCAUCAGUGGCUUUGAACUCAACCAUUGACUGGUAUCUUAAAAAUCAUUCAACGCUUACUUUAUUGAAAAUCAGUGUAUCAACAGUAGGGUCUCACUCAUGAAUAGCCAACUGUUGUUUUACUUGUAAUGUCGUGACUUAUUCUUGAUUCAUCUCACCAAAAACCUUUGUGUCAGUUAUAAGUGUUGUUUGAUGUUCAGGUUUUCAGUCAGUUUUCCAGUUUAAAUAGAAAAUAGUUAAAGUAGCAAUGACUUCAAUUAAAAGUAGCAAUGACUUUUACAAAAAAUGAUACAUCUUCUAAAGGAUAAUAUUAAUAUAAGCAUCUUAAUCAAAAUAAUGGGAGUAAUGAUUGGACUUGAAAAAAGCAUUGCUUCCUUUCCACGGCACUUAUUUUAUAAAUGAAUAAAAUAAUUCUUUAUUUUAGCAUGUGUCAGUCGAGCAGCCUAGCUAACACCCAGCUAGCAAUUUCGUGGCAGCAGCUAAGACGGUAUCACAUGAUAAGUCCAAUCUUCCAUAAAUUUAUUCUAUUUGCCAUUGUCUUCAGUACUUUUGUACUCAAACAAGAGCUGAGAAUAUCAAAUUUUUUACUUAGAAUUUGAAUUUUAUUUACCUCCACACUCUUAUCCUUAUCCGUAAUUUAUUUUGAAUUACCUUCAGAUCAUAUUUUGUCUAAUUUAACAAUCCCUUUAAUUCUCUGUAACUUUUCAAUCAUUUAAUUUAAUUUCACUUAUUUCCAACGACGUUAAAUUGCAUUCCUACUUCUCAUUCAAUUCUCUCAUCAGUAUUUUUCAUGUAAUUUCUAUAGCUAUAUCACAUUUUUUUUAAAGCAUGUUUCUUGUAUUUCAACUAAUUUAAAGUCGCUCUAGAUACUCAUAAGCUGACACAUGCGAUCACUCUCAUCUACAAGCCAUUAUAUCCACUCUUUGCUUAAAUCUUCAAAACAAUGUUUCCAUCUGUUAUUUUUCGAAGAAAGAUUGAGGUUCAAUUCUUCAUCAAUCCAUGACAAGCAUAUCCAUGUGCUGGAUAAAUUUCUUAAUUGGAAAAUAACUGUACAAAUUGAUAAUUUGAACUGAUAAGGAAGAUGUGUUUGGUGGAAUUAAUUAUAACUUAUCAGUAAAAUUUCUACAACUUUUUUUCUAUAUUUAUGUUGAUUGUUAAAUUUGAAACUCUUAUUAUUUAACUUACACUAAAAACAGAAUAUCUUAUUUGUUCUUCCACUAAUUAUAGACUAUUGGAAUAUGUCUCUCUCUGGCUCUCUCUCACACACACUCUCUCUUUCUUUCUUUUUUAAAAACCAGUUACGAGCUCUGUAAGAGGUUCUCUAUUCUAUUGCUACCUACUAUUUAUUAUUUUUCUUUUACUUGAACAGCUAUUUAUGCUAAAUUAGGAUCCUACUUGUCAAUCUGAAUAAUUUUUACCAUGGCCGACUCUAUUUAUUGCUUGAAGCUUGAUCCAUCUUAACUAUAAAUAUAGUGAGUUCCACGUUAUAAUGGUAGUAAAGAAAUAUAAGAGAACAGCGUUGCCGAUUCUCUUUCUUGCCACUACAGAAUAUAGCUGAUACCACUAUAUCUAAUGACAUAUUAACUGUUCAUUCUUGUUUAAAAUAAUCAAUUAUAUUUUAUUCGGGAAGGAAAUAUAUUUUCAAUUGAAUAAUAUUUUUUCAUUUAUUAGAAUUGAAUAUUGUGAUAAUUUUAUUACCACAUUGUUGAAUAACGAUCUGAAAACGUUGCGAAGCUAGAGAAGGAUAGCGGUAUUUGCUUCUUUGAAUUGAAGGCAAGGAUAUCAACAACAAUGUUAAUCAAAUACUGACAUUUUAACGUAGACCUCACUAUAGUAUCAAAGAUUUUCAGCUUUUUAGCAGCUGAAGCUAUGUUUUAUAAGAUAUCUAAUGUAUACAGUAUAAUACCCAUAAAGCAUACAUUCUCAUCAGCUGAAAAAGUCUAUAGUUCGGAACAUGGAUAGAGUCGUGAGUCGGCCAUGUUCUAACCUUUCAAACUUGUUUACAUUUUAAAAUUGCAACAUGCAGAGUAAAAAAUGAACAUUCUACUAUUGAGGAAAAUUGUUCCAAAUGAUUUAUAAAUAAACAAAAUGAGUUUUGACCGACAAAUCAAAGAUUUUCAGGAAUUUCUCAUCAGGGAAAAACGAGCUUUUAAUGGAAAAUUCCGUAAACCAAUCCAAUAUAAGAUCGAUAUUGACGAUUUUGAAGCCUUGAAAACUGUGGCAAAAGGCACGUUUUCUAAGUUUGUUUUGGCAAAAAUCGUGUCCAGUCAUGAGGUAUGUGCUCUCAAAAUUUGUCCCAAAAAGACAUUAGUUAAAUACAGACAGGUGGAGCAUACACGCGACGAAAAACACGUUUUAGAAGUGAUCAAAUUCCCAUUUGUAGUCCGACUCUUGUACUUUUUUCAAGAUAAUAGAAAUUUGUAUUUUGCUCUAUCCUUUGUCAAAGGAAUUGAGUUCAAUAAUCGUCUUAAGCAGUUGAAGAAAUUCUCUGAAGAUAGUGCCAGGUUUUACAGUGCGCAAAUAGUGUUGACUCUUGAGUACCUGCAUUAUUUAGAUUUAAUUUACAGAAACAUAAAGCCCGAAAGUUUAGUGAUUGGCAAUAAUGGUUAUUUAAAGCUAAUUGACUUCAAGUUCUGUAAGUAUAUAGAUGAGAAAAAGGAGAGAACAUACACAAUUUGUGGAGGUCCCGAGUAUUUAGCACCGGAAGUCAUAUUAAGUCGCGGCUAUGGUAAAUCAUGUGACUACUGGUCCCUAGGUGUGAUCAUUUACGAAAUGUGUUGCGGGAUUCCACCUUUCACGGCUAAGGACCAUGUCAAACUGUAUGAAAAAAUUAUAGCCGGCAAGUAUAAGAUGCCAGCCGCCUUCUCGAAAGAUCUCAAUAAUCUUAUACACAAACUGUUACAAAUUGAGGUUCCAAAAAGAAUUGGCUGUCUGAAACGUGGAAUGGAUGAUGUGAAGGCUCACAACUGGUUCAGUACUAUCGAUUGGGAUAUGGUGUUGAAUAGGCAAGAGUCUCCUCCGUAUCUGCCACAAAAAUUUGACGAUCCCUCCAAAGAUAUACGUGAAUACUCCUCACCUUUGGACUUGCAAACAUCUCAGAAUGAUAUUUUUGCUGAGGAAUUCUAUGACUUUUGAAAUAAUUUUACCCUGUAUUUGUCAUUUGUAAUAUAAAAUGUAAUCUUCUAUAGAACUCUAGGUACCUAUUAAAGGUCUUCACAUUAUUUCAAAUGAAAAAGACUAAGAAAUUGUCAAAAAACCACAGAUUUAUUGAUACUUAGAAGAUACCUAGAUACUUUCUAAGUAUCAAUUAAUCUGUGGCUUUUUGACAAUUUCUUAGUCUUUUCCAUUCUAUAUGAAUAAUUACCACAAUAUUAACUUCUCAACUACACAAAAAGUGAAAGUAUCAAAUCAUUUCAAUCAAAAAACAAUAGAGAGUUAAAAAAUUGUAUUUUUUUUCAAUCAACAAAAAUAAUGCUCUUACUAAAUUUACAGUAAUAAAAAACAGAUACUGAUAUGUUAUCAAGAAUGUAUAAAUUUGAAUAUGAAAGAUUUUAAUGUUAUUAUUCGUAUAAUAGUUUAAAUAGGUAAUAUAAUACAUAAAUUACACCUGUUGAUACACGAGAAUUAACCCAAAUUGUAAUAGGUAACUUACUGUACUUCCAAAUAAAACAUUAGCCACAAUGCUGUCAUUUCAGUACCGUCCUGUAUUUUACAAGAAAAUUGUAAUUUACGUGGGAAAUGAAUUAUCAACAACUUUUCUGAUUUAUCAUUGUAAACCGAAAUAGCCAUUAGGUACCAAUUAGACCUAUCAUAACAAAAAACAAUUCAUUUUAGUGUUGUCUUUCCGCUCCAAAGUAGUAAGUCAAUUACAUUGGGAAACAAAUUAUUAACUGUCGUAAUCAUUAUUUAAAAGCAUAGCUACUAUUUAUUUUUAUUCACUGUCAAAAGCUACUAAUUAUUAUCAUUGAGCAGCUACUGAGUAUUUUAUAGAUAAAUUUCAUAUAAAUAUUAAAUGUUUCAACUAGAAAGUCCGCAUUGUCAUUGGUUGUCUUCUACAUGAGCAAAGGGACAUGGAACCCUGACUAUAGUGAGGUCCACGUUAUAAUGACAGUAUUUGAUCAACUUUGGUUUUGCUAUCCUUGUCUAUCAUUCG